CGACUGUGCGAAAGUUUUUCACGAACCUCGCAUAAUUUCGUUCAGUUUAUCUCAAGUCUUAUCAAUUUUUUGUCCCAUGUUUUAUUUCGUUUAAACACGUUUAUACGACGUGAAGGGAUCGGCUAAGGUCGGUGGUCCAAAGAUGAAAAGCGAAUUCCGCUAUUUAUGUCUGUUUAUUCUCGUGUCAACGAGUUUCACGGUGAUAAUGGAGCCCAAGGAGCAUAUUACUCUGGAUAAUGGACAUUCGUACAGCUUUAACGAAGCCUUCGGUGCGUGUCUCGCCAAGAAGGAACACGGUACGUUUGAAUGCGUAAAUCGUGGUAUUCUAAGCGCGCUGCAGUCUUUAAACGACGAGGAUAGCCUCGAGAUUGGAAAGAUGCGACUGGACAAAGCGGAGGGCUACGGCAGAGAUCUUCUGGAUCUGGAUUACGAUCCGAAGGAUUUUGGAAAUGUCGUGAAGGCAGCUGCCAGACUGAUGGAGCGCCGCAACAUCAAAUGGAAUCUGGAUAAUAUUUAUCCGGGAUUACAGAUGCGCGUUGGACCAAUGCUAAACGGGAACGGACUACUGGAAUUUGUUCUUAAUGAAAGAGUUGCUUCGUACGGCGAUAGACAGGCCAGUGCAGGAAGGCAGCUGACCAGACACAUAUUACUGCCACUUCUAUUGGGUUUCAAAUUCAAUCUGGCGUCCCUAAUCCCGCUUAUGUUCGGCUUCCUGUUAAUCGUCACCAAGAAGGCCCUUAUAUUGACGAAGAUGGCGUUGUUUCUGAUCGGUCUUUUAGGAUGGAAUACAUUCUUUUCCGGGGCACCGGCAGCACCUCCUUACGCGGCGAACGCGUUCAAUGGCUUCCAUGCUUACGGACACGAGACACCUGCUGGCGUAUACACCCAUUACGAGCACAAUUUUCCGCAGCGACCUUACAGGCCGCUGCAGGACUACAGUCCUUACGAUCAGCAUGUUAUUAGGGAAGUCGUCAAUGUUUACGAUGGAAAUAACGAUUCGGGGCAGAAUAGACAAAGUGCGAAAAAAUUUGUUUUUGACUCCAAAUAA